UUCGAACAGUAUACACGCGUGCGGGUGACGACGAUUGAUUCGCGAAAUGUAAACAAAAAGAAAAUCCGGUAAAUUAAUUGGUAUUCUCCGGUAAAUUAAUUGGUGAUUCUUCAAUUUCAAUCCAAAUAUAAUGGAGCGCUAUAAGUUAGAUUUGAGUCAGGUGUUUUCCGAUUACCGGAAGAAAGUGUUCUUAGGAAGACGCAAACAGUGGAAACGAGUUGGCUGUUUGAUGGAUUACCUUCGCAGUGCGUUCCAUGUCCAACAUGAUGUCGUUCUAACUAGCACCGACGAGGUCUGGUUCCCGGAAACUGAAGAACUGGAUGUUAUUCGAGAAACAGAUAAUUUGAUAGUCAAACUUUCUAACAGUUCAGCCAUUGGUACUCAAAAAGUGAGUUCCCCACUGAAGGCGGGAAACUUUCAAACGGUUGAAGCACGUGGUGAAGCCAUUCAAAAUGGGAAACGGAAGCGCGAAUCAUCUUCCGAUGAAAGCGACUCUGGUACAUCCAUACCUGUAUCAUCGGAUUCAUCGGAUGAGAAUGAUCAAUUGGUGGAAGUUUUCAGCAAAACACAGAAUUUACUAACCCCCCCAAGAGACAAACCGCCAGUCGAUGCAAAGCCAAAGAGAAAACGAAUUCGUAAACGGAAAUCGAAGAAAAAAAUGGAACCGGUUGAGCCGAAAAUAAUUGUUAAAACCUACGGCAAAAGUAAAGUCCCUCCUAUAGUUCUGAAUGGAGAUGCUUCAAAACACACGAGGUUCGGGGACGACAAUAGCGAGACGGAUGAGUUAAAAACAGAAAAAGAUGAACCGUACAGGAACCUUAAUAAAGUUACUAAUCCUAGAAUCAUUAAGGCCAUCAAUGAAAUACCGUCCAGAUCACCGAAGCACCAAUCGUUACCUUCAAUUCCUGAUUAUGUUGAUCUUCUAUCAGCUAAUUUGUAUGAUGUCGCUGAUACAACGCAACUUGAAACAAAGCCGACGAAAAAACAAAAAUCGCAAGCGCAAAAGAAUAAAAACCCAAGAUCUAUGGAAAACAGUUCAAAGAACAUAAGUGUAGAAAUUAAACAGGAACUGAUCGAUCAGAGUAAUGCUUCGGAAUCACAUCCUAUGUCUCCAACGUGGGACACCGACAUCGACAAGGAGAAGGAAGCAUUUAUUUCAUCGUACCAGGGGUCUGAAUUUUGGUCUCACCUGAAGCCCGAAUUGGAGAAUUUUCCUAUCAUAAGUAUUCCUUCACUUCACGAAAUCAUAGCUUAUCAACAGUGCAACGACGAUAGCGGACACAUUUAUCUUUCAUUCGUCGAACGUGCCACCGAUGAGGAACUGACGCUACGCUUACUUAACGGCUUAUCGAAUGCAGACAACACUUUUAAUCAGAUCAAAACCAUUGCGUUGAAUCAGCUGACGACGAUAAGACUGAUUGCAAGCUAUCACUAGAAACGUGAAAAGUUUUAAUCGCCUUUUGACGUUUCUCGGAAUCGUGAACUAAAGCUUAUUGUCAAUGUAAUUGUUUCUUGUAUGACCAAUAUAGUUAUGUUAAUUUGUAUAAA